GUGCUUCCCCUUCUCCCCGGCGGUUAGUGCUGAGAGUGCGGAGUGUGUGCUCCGGGCUCGGAACACACAUUUAUUAUUAAAAAACCCAAAAAAAAUCUCAAAAAAGCUCUCAAAAAACCCUAAAAAAAAAUCUUUUUACAAAAAAUCCGCGUUCUCCUCCCCCGCCGGAGACUUUUUGUUUUAUUUUUAUUUUAUUUUAUUUUUUUCUUCCUCUUUUUAUAAAAAUCAAAAAAACCGGUGAAGCCGCCGAGACCGACCGACCCGCCCGCCCGCCGGCCCCGCAGCAGCAGCAGCAGCAGCAGCAGCAGCAGCAGCAGCAGCAGCAGCAGCAGCAGCUCCAGCUCCACGCAGGAAAAGCCAGAGCCCGAGGCCUUGCCCCGCUCGCGGCCCGGCCCGGACACCGCCACCCGCCCGCCCCAGCCGGCCCCGCAGCCCCGCCGCCGCGGCCGUUGAGUAGUUUUCGAUUCCGGGUGAAUUUUGUCCCUCUGCGCUCGCCCCCGCUCCCCUCCCCCCCGGCUCCGGCCCCCGGCCCCGGCACCCGCGCUUUCCUCCUCCUCCUCCUCGCCGUCGUCGUCGCCGAGAGGUCGCGGCCUGUGGCCCCGCGGGCAGCCGUGCCGAGAUGAACCCCAGCGCCCCCAGCUACCCCAUGGCCUCGCUCUACGUGGGGGACCUGCACCCCGACGUGACCGAGGCGAUGCUCUACGAGAAGUUCAGCCCGGCCGGGCCCAUCCUCUCCAUCCGGGUCUGCAGGGACAUGAUCACCCGCCGCUCCCUGGGCUACGCGUAUGUGAACUUCCAGCAGCCGGCGGACGCGGAGCGUGCUUUGGACACCAUGAAUUUUGAUGUUAUAAAGGGCAAGCCAGUACGCAUCAUGUGGUCUCAACGUGAUCCAUCCCUUCGCAAAAGUGGAGUGGGCAACAUAUUCAUUAAAAAUUUGGACAAAUCCAUCGAUAAUAAAGCACUGUAUGACACAUUUUCUGCUUUCGGUAACAUCCUUUCAUGUAAGGUGGUUUGUGAUGAAAAUGGCUCCAAGGGCUAUGGAUUUGUACAUUUCGAGACACAGGAAGCCGCUGAACGAGCUAUUGAAAAAAUGAAUGGGAUGCUUCUAAAUGAUCGCAAAGUAUUUGUUGGACGAUUUAAGUCUCGUAAGGAACGAGAAGCUGAACUUGGAGCUAGGGCAAAAGAGUUCACCAAUGUUUACAUCAAGAAUUUUGGAGAAGACAUGGAUGAUGAGCGCCUUAAGGAUCUCUUUGGCAAGUUUGGACCUGCCUUAAGUGUGAAAGUAAUGACGGAUGAAAGUGGAAAAUCCAAAGGUUUUGGAUUUGUAAGCUUCGAAAGGCAUGAAGAUGCUCAGAAGGCUGUGGAUGAGAUGAAUGGAAAGGAGCUCAAUGGAAAACAAAUUUAUGUUGGGCGAGCUCAGAAAAAAGUGGAACGGCAGACAGAGCUUAAGCGCAAAUUUGAACAGAUGAAGCAGGAUAGGAUCACCAGAUACCAGGGUGUUAACCUUUAUGUGAAAAAUCUUGAUGAUGGCAUUGAUGAUGAACGUCUUCGGAAAGAGUUUUCUCCGUUCGGUACAAUCACUAGUGCAAAGGUUAUGAUGGAGGGUGGUCGCAGCAAAGGGUUUGGUUUUGUAUGUUUCUCCUCCCCAGAAGAAGCCACUAAAGCAGUUACAGAAAUGAACGGUAGAAUUGUGGCCACCAAGCCAUUGUAUGUAGCUUUAGCUCAGCGCAAAGAAGAGCGCCAGGCUCACCUGACCAACCAGUACAUGCAGAGAAUGGCGAGUGUGCGAGCCGUGCCCAACCCCGUUAUCAACCCCUACCAGCCAGCACCUCCUUCAGGGUACUUCAUGGCAGCUAUCCCACAGACUCAGAACCGUGCUGCAUACUAUCCUCCUAGCCAAAUUGCUCAACUAAGACCAAGUCCGCGCUGGACUGCUCAGGGUGCCAGACCUCAUCCAUUCCAAAAUAUGCCCGGUGCUAUCCGCCCAGCCGCUCCUAGACCGCCAUUUAGUACGAUGAGACCAGCUUCUUCCCAGGUCCCACGAGUCAUGUCCACGCAACGUGUUGCUAACACAUCAACACAAACAAUGGGUCCACGUCCUGCAGCUGCGGCCGCUGCCGCGACUCCUGCUGUCCGCACCGUUCCACAGUAUAAGUACGCCGCAGGCGUGCGCAAUCCUCAGCAGCAUCUGAACGCACAGCCACAGGUGACCAUGCAGCAGCCUGCUGUUCAUGUACAAGGUCAGGAGCCUUUGACUGCUUCCAUGUUGGCAUCUGCCCCCCCUCAGGAGCAAAAGCAAAUGUUGGGUGAACGGCUCUUUCCUCUCAUUCAGGCCAUGCACCCUACUCUUGCUGGUAAAAUCACUGGCAUGUUGUUGGAGAUUGAUAAUUCAGAACUUCUUCAUAUGCUUGAGUCUCCGGAGUCUCUUCGUUCUAAAGUUGAUGAAGCUGUAGCUGUACUACAAGCCCACCAAGCUAAAGAGGCUGCCCAGAAAGCCGUGAACAGUGCCACCGGUGUUCCAACUGUUUAAAAUUGAUCAGGGACCACGAAAAGAAACUCGUGCUUCACCGAAGAAAAAUAUCUAAACAUCGAAAAACUUAAAUAUUAUGAAAAAAAACAUUGCAAAAUAUAAAAUAAAUAAAAAAAGGAAAGGAAACUUUGAACCUUAUGUACCGAGCAAAUGCCAGGUCUAGCAAACCGCUAGGCCUAGAUUACUUCUGAUUUAAAAACAACAAAAAAAAACAAAAAAAAUAGUAAAAUAUAAAAACAAAUCAAUGUUUUAUAGACCCUGGGAAAAAGAAUUUUCAGCAACGUACAAAAAUUUAAAGCAUUCCUUUCUUUAAUUUUGUAAUUCUUUACUGUGGAAUAGCUCAGAAUGUCAAAUAGUUCUGUUUUAAAUAACAGAAUUGAUUACUGAGCAAGGAAACGUAAUUUGGAUUAUAAAAUUCUUGCUUUAAUAAAAAUUACUUAAACAGUGUA